GAAAACAUUCUCCCGAUGAGGACAACAAAUUUUGUGUUCAAGUUGAUGUUUUUUGCCUAUUUUUGCAGACACGCAGAAGAUGCUAACAAGCAUGUUCAGAGUGAGCGUCACCUUGUUGCUGAUUGGAGCAAUUGAUAGAGCGGACCCCGGUUACAACUGACCCCGCUCUCCCCUAAUACUCAGUUCUUAUUGUGAACACAAUUUAUAGACUCUCAGCUUACGUUUCUCUACUUUUUCCUUCCUUUAUUUAUUUAUUUAUUUAUUUAUUUAUUUAUUUUGUCCCACCAAGACACUCACCUAAUCAAUCGAACCGAACAGUUACAGACCAGAGCUAUGAAACCAAAAACCACCUAUUUGAAGUGCAAUCUAACAGUUAGGAAAACAUUACUAUUGACAAACUCGGAGCUGUAGUAGGCGCAUGACUUUGACACAUCUCAGGUUUGCCUCUGAAGGGUUAACACGGGCUCCAGGCGUUUCUCACGCAGGCAGGUAUCCCAGUACCAACCCCAACUUUAGGACAGAUGUUUUUUAAAGCCUCUAUAAUAAACCUCGGAGCCAUUCAUAACUGUCAUGUGCGCGUAACGGUGAGAUCCUGUGGUCAGAGGAAAUCAGCAUCGGCUCCACUCGGUAUUACAAUAGGGUAUAAAUACAGGGACCUCAAACGUCCUUCUCUACACGCUUCGAUCGAUCAGAUCUUUCUGCGUUCAGCCGGGUUUUGACUGGAAUAUUUGGCACCGCUGAAUGUGCCGGUGUAUUGUUUUGGGGUUGUUGAUUUUUUUAAAUAACUAAACGCGCGCAAAGAUGACAGAAAUCCCAGCUCUUCAUGUCCCGAAAAUAAGUAGCUCCUAUAAAACGAUGCGUCUCUGGAUAUGGUUGUUUUUGGCCGGUGAGUUGGUAAUGUUACGCGUGAGAGGCAUGGCAUUGCAGAAAGCUGCGUACUCGCACCCGGGUCUCUGUCCUAACGAUGUGAACCCCAACCUGUGGGUGGACGCAAUGAGCACCUGCACCCGGGAGUGCGAGUCCGACCAGGAAUGUGAGACAUUUGAAAAGUGCUGCGCAAAUGUUUGUGGGAGCAGGAGCUGUGUGGCAGCCCGCUACGUGGAUGCGUCAGCGAAGAAGGGAGCUGAUGGCAUAACCAAAGAGGCAACCUGCGACAAGUUCAUGUGCACUCAGCAGGGCUCUGAGUGCCACAUCUGGAAUGGGCAGCCCACAUGCAAGUGCAGAGAUCGCUGUGAGAAGGAGCCGCAUUUCACCUGUGCUUCUGACGGGAUGACCUACUAUAACAAGUGCUACAUGGAUGCUGAAGCUUGCUCCAAAGGUAUCUCCCUGUCUGUCGUGACCUGCAGGUCCCACCCUGUAAACACUAGUCCUCUACCUCCAGGAACCACCGCCCUCCCAACGACCACCCUACUGCUCACCACUACAUUAAAUGUGCAGCCCCCAGUCAUAACUGGGAGCCCAAUGGAACAGUCUGUGUUUGUGGGCGAUACAGCCAGCUUCCUGUGUGAAGUGACUGGCUGGCCAAAACCUGAGAUCACCUGGGAGAAGCAACUGGAGGGAAAAGAAAACAUUGUUAUGAAACCCAAUCACGUGCUGGGAAAUGUAGUUGUCACUAAUAUUGGACAGCUCGUGAUUUACAGCGCCCAGCUAGAAGAUAUAGGUGUCUACACCUGCACAGCCACAAACUCAGGUGGUUCUAUCCAAGCCCAUUUCCCACUCUCUGUCAUACAGAGAGACCCAAUUGAGAAAGAGAAGCCAAAGAACCUGUCUCCUUUCCCUGCUGAGGAAUGCAUGAAGGAGCCAGACACUGGUGACUGUGGUGGGCAGAAGCUGAGUUGGUACUAUGACAGCAAGAGGAACAGCUGCUUCAUAUUCACCUACGGUAACUGCAAUCAGAACCAGAACCACUUUGACAGCUUUGACUCCUGCAUGCUGUCCUGCCAGGCUGAACUGCCUACCCCAUGUGGUCUUCCAAGCCUGCAGGGCCCCUGUAAAUUCUAUAAGCCACGCUGGGCCUACAGCAGCACCCUCAAACAGUGCCAGCCCUUCAUUUAUGGGGGUUGUGGAGGCAAUGACAACAACUUUGAAACAAAAGAGGCAUGCGAGGACUUGUGCCCAUAUCCAAAGAACCACCGCUGCAAGCCAUGUAAAUCACAACACAAGAUCGUGUCCAGUUUUUGCAAGAGUGACUUUGUGAUAUUGGGCCGCAUGACAGAGCUGACAGAAGAGGAAGGCUCGGGCCGGGCGCAGAUCAACAUCGAUGAGAUCCUUAAGGAUGAGAAGAUGGGGCUUAAGUUCCUGCAGAAUGAACCCUUGGAGGUGACAUUGCAGAACAUGGACUGGAACUGCCCGUGUCCCAAUGUCACUACCUCGGAUGGUCAGAUCAUCAUCAUGGGUGAUGUGCACAACGGAAUGGCCGUGCUCCAGCCAGACAGCUUCGUCAGCCAGUUCAGUGUGCGACGGCUCCGCAGGCUGCGCGAAGUGAUCAAUAAAAACACAUGUGAAAUUCUGAAAGAGUUCAGGGAAUAGGGCAGUGCUCUUAGCCCAAGAUGACUGCUAUUCUUUUGAAAAUUCAAAUGGCCAAUGACAUUUAUCAAUGUAAGAACUAUGCACAGUGAUGUUGGAUAAAAUGGAGGAACUGUAAAAGUUCCACAAUCAUAUUUUUUGUAUUUCUAGUUUUAAAUCAUUUUCCUUCUUGUACUUAUAUUUAACUUACUGUACUGUUGAUUUAGUUUUCUUUCCUUUUUUUUUUUUUUUUUUUAAAUCUGUUUAUUAUAUACAAUACUCUUGUAUAUGAGUAGUGAGUUGUCUAACAUCCACAAAAUUCCAGGCCAGUUAAGAUGUUUGCUUUGACAAGGUUGUAUAUACAGUAUGAGACACAGCUGUUCACCCAUGAGACAGUGUCAACUUUCAACGUCUUCAUAGGAAACCUGCUAAAAUGCCUCUUGGGUUAAAGUGAAAGAACACAUUUGUAGGCAUAGGAAGCAUUAAUCAGACCCAUCUGCUGGGCCAAAUCCCAGCACACACUAUUCCCUUACUUCAAAGGAAAUUCGUGCCUACCUUAUAAAUUCAAGGUGGUUCAUUCAAGGAAUCUGAUGAGUAAUUUCUUGUCUGAUGCUCUAUUAUUUUAUUACUGGAGGUUAAUGACAUGUCUCAAGAAAACUGUUGUAAUAUACUGUAGAAAGCACAUGGAUAAGUUGUAUUAUAUUUACUCUGAAGUUCUGUUUUAAGGCUUGUUAAAGCAGAUAUAUCUGUAUUCUAUCCUGCUCACAUUUCUGUUAUGAUGAACGUUUGAUGUACAGCUAGAUAUUUUAACAAGGACAAUCGUGAAGUGAUUU